CGUUGUAGUUGCCACCGGCCACAGCAGCGGUUGACACAGCUGUUACCUGGCAGGGAAUAUGUGUAUACUUGUAUCUUCAGUGUUGGUGCUUGUGAAAAUAUAUUCGGCUUGUGACGCAUUAAAGGAAAACAACUACCAUGUGUCUUCGCAUUUCGCUAAUGAGGUCGUGGAGGCGGAUAGCAGCUGAGUGUCGAUUACGGAAAAGAUUGUUACUGAAGAGCGUGGUCGUCCUGAUCGUCGUACAGAGUGUGUUGGUGUACAUGCUGGUGGCCUCGAACCACCGUCUACAGGAGGAGAAAGAAAUGGAAAAAGAAGACCAUCAGGGGGACGACACUGUUCUUGGAGCCUGGGUGGUGGGUCAGAAUAUUGUUCUCUUUACCGCUACCUACGGCCGAGGGACUUUUCUUUCUCAGGAGCUUCAGGAUCCGCGUCAGGAGUCAGGCCAAGAGUCUGUAUAUGUCGAGGCACAGAAAGACAACACAACAGAGGCAUCUCCUGGAGUGAGGGUUGGUGUAGUGUCAAUAAACAAGACUGGACAUAGAGGUGGGGAUAGUAAGAGUGAGACGAGAUUACCAGCAGGUCGCCGGGGAGGUGUUAAUGGCUCUGGGGAGGACAACCCGCAUAACCAGAACGUUCCCGGAGCACUGACACCCGCGAGGAAAGACCAUGGUGACGGAGAGAACCAAGCUGGAGAGACGGUAGGAAAAGAGAGAGCGAUGAAGGAUAAAGUUGAAGGGGAGAGAUCAAUAGGGGAGGUGGAGGAGGAAAAGGAGGAUCCCAUCGGUGGUCGUGGUGUUGAGGAAGAGUUUGUCAAGUACCGCGGUGAAGACAAGAUGGCGUUACUGGUGGAAGAGAACGACAUCUACCGAGCAAAUAUAGAAAAAAAAUCUGAUGACGGAGUUAAAAAAUACGCCCCAGAGACUACAGUGACUGUUAGAAAAAAUAUGACGAAGAAGAAAAACAAUACCAGUGGAAUGGAUGAUAAAAGUUAUACGAAAAAUGCAGUUGUGAAUGGUGAACCUAAUGGAGUUGGCACUACGGGCGAUGGUGAGGACUCUGUCGGUGUGGUUCAGACGAGUGACUUUAAAUUCAGAACUUACAACAAAAGCAACCCAAGUGAGUUUGUGUUAAGUUUCGACACACGUAAAUAUUUCCAGGACAUCGGAGAGAACAGGACGUGUUUCAUCGGCGGUACGGAUAUUGAGAGGACAGAGCAGUCACCUGAGGGAGGGUGUCGUUGUCUUGAUCGAUACUUCGGGAUGGACUGUGGCAUCCCAGAGGCGGCGUGGUACGGGAGAUACAAACACCACUUCCCGGGCACAUUGCUGAGACGCCGGGAGGUUCCUCGACGGAUCAUCAACGGCUUUCCCGUCAACCACGAAUUCGCUCUGUUUGAGACGAGGAUGCACGAGCUCUAUGACGUGGUUGACGUGUUUAUCGUUGGCGAGUCUAACUACACAGCUCAUGGUGACCCCAAGGAUCUUAAGUUCCUCUCCAGGUUCCAGCAGGGUUACUUGAAGGAGUACCAGGAGAAGAUAGUCUAUGUCUCCCUGGAAUUCUUCUCGUUAAUGUCACAGAAAAGCGGCUGGGUAGCUGACAGUUACCUCAGGGUCUACCUGGGCGAGAAGGGUCUCUCUCUCCUAAAGGGUGUCCGUGAUGAUGACCUCUUUGUACUCUCUGACGCUGAUGAACUUCCAACCCGGGAAAUUCUCACUUUCCUGAAGGUCUACGACGGUUACCCUGAACCCGUCACCUUCGCCCUUCGCUGGAAUGUCUUUGGAUUUUUUUGGCGGGUCUCCAAAGAGAAUACGUGGCUGAACGUUAUCAACGGCAACAAGGAAGAGGUCACCCAUGUUUCCUCCGUCGCCACGAUAGGAAUGUUGAGGAAGGUGUUGCUCGGAAACGUUUACAACAUCCGCAAACAGGGCAUGUGGAAAAACCUCAAGAUGGCCCACUCGGUGAGGAGCUACAGGGACGAGGGCCACAUUGUAGGAGAUUGGGAGGCUGGCACUGUGGGGCAUUAUGCCGGGUGGCACUGUUCCUGGUGCUUCAGCCCAGAAAACAUCGUACAAAAGUUGAACUCAGCCCAGGCGGAUGAUAAGCCUCGGUGGGGGGACUAUCCAGAGAAGAAGAACUUGACCUAUGUGGCCACAAGGAUCUGGCGAGGCCUAUGGUUUGACGACAAAACUCACUUCCUACCCAUCAACAACACCCAGGACCGAUUCUACGCUCCCCGCUACCUGCUGGACCACCCUGAGCAAUACCGAUCUAUGCUGUAUCAUCCGGGACAUCCUCUGAACCUCAACAAGACCUGGAGCCCACCCUAAAGUACGCUGCCGGCUUACCCUUACACCAAGCUCAGGUCAUGUUCAGGGAUCACCAUACAUACAAAUACACAUCAUCAUCCUCAUAUACUGCUACUACUUUGUUGUCACUCGGAAUCGAGAAUGACGAUC